AUGGAAAACAAUUUGCUUUCUGGGAGCAUACCUUCUACCAUUGGAAAGUUACAAAACCUAUAUAUCCUAAAUCUAUCAAAGAACAAAUUAUCGGGUCAGAUCCCUCCCUCAGUUUGUGACAUUACUCAACUGGGCAAGCUUUAUCUUGAUAGUAACAACUUGAGUGGAAACAUAACUGGUAGUUUAGGUCAGUGCAAGGGACUUCUUGAACUAAAUUUGUCUCGAAACAACCUUGAUGGGUCAAUACCAGUCGAACUCUUUGCUAGCCCUCCAUUCUCCCUCGGUCUGGACUUCUCACACAACAAUCUCACUGGGGAACUGCCACUGGAACUUGGUACAGUUGGUGCCGGUGCUGGUCCAACAUCCCUUCACAUGGAAGUAAACAAGUUUCAUGGACAAAUUCCAGCAAGAUGGCAGUUAGUAUCAACUGUGCAGAUUAAUCUUUCUCACAAUGACUUAUCCGGUGUCGUGCCUGAAUUCUUUGAGCACCUUCAUAUGCUGGAGCAACUUGAUUUAUCUUACAACAACUUGGAAGGGGAUGUUCCUACAGGUUGGAUCUUUGAGAAUUCUACCGCGGUACUUUUGGAUGAUAACAAGGGACUCUGUUCGAAUUCCUCCAGGCUGGCAUUACCAAUUUGCCCUGGCCUCUCAGCUUCAGCAAAUAAAACAAAGCAUCAUCUGUCCUUGCUGGCAACCUUGCUGCUAAUUGUACUGCCACCACUUACUAUUGCUUUCCUAGUCUUGCUAUGGUUUCUACCCACCCUUUGGAAGAGCGUGGUAUUCUCAUUUUUACAAUUGGCUGUUGCGUCCAAGAAGAUGUUUUGUUUUUUUGCCCAACAGAAGAGAAGAGAAAUGCAUACAGUUCCGUUCAAUGAUGAGAAGAAGCUGAAGAGGGUGUCAUAUCAGGACAUUCUUAAAGCUACCAACUGGUUUUCUUCGCUUCAUACUAUCAGCUCAACCUGUACUGGGUCAGUUUAUGUUGGUAGCUUCAAGUUCGAUAGGAGAUUGGUUGCCAUCAAAGUAUUCAACUUGAGUGAACCUAGCAGAUGUGAUAGUUACUUUAUUGAGUGUGAAGUGCUACGAAACACCCGCCAUAGAAAUAUAAUGUGUCCUGUGACCGUAUGCUCGACACUUGAUUCACAAAAUCAUGAGUUCAAAGCGCUGAUAUUCAAGUUCAUGGUUAAUGGCAGCCUUGACAGAUGGUUACAUACUGAGCAACACAAUGGAAUCCCAGGCAGAGUGCUAAACUUUGGCCAGAGGAUAUGCAUAGCGGCAGAUGUGGCUUCUGCUCUUGAUUAUGUCCACAACCAACUGACGCCUCCUCUGAUCCAUUGUGAUUUGAAGCUAGAGAAUAUCCUUUUGGACGAUGACAUGACCGCGCGGCUCGGUGAUUUUGGCUCAGCAAAGUUUUUGUCACCCGAUAUGUUUAUUCCUGAAAGCCUGGAUGAUGUUGGAGGAACAGUUGGAUACAUGGCACCCGAGUACGGGAUGGGUUACGAGAUCUCCGUAGGAGCUGAUGCAUAUAGUUUUGGAGUGCUUCUGCUGGAGUUGCUUACCGGAAAACGACCAACCAAUGAUAUGUUUGUUGAUGGACUUACCCUUUCCAUUUUCUCUGAAUCCAUGUUCCCUGAAAGAGUCGCGGAAAUUCUAGAUCCUUGUAUGGGACAUGAGGAACAUCAAGGCUGUGCAGAAGUAUGGGGGCAGAGAUAUAUUGUCCCCCUGGUUGCUCUUGGGCUGUCAUGUACCAUGGAAUCUCCGAAGGACCGACCUGGAAUGAAAGAUGUUUGUGCAAAACUUUCUGCUAUUAGAGACGCUUUUCUGGAACACCGUGAUGACGAUUGA